CAACAAUAGAAGGAAAUCCUCCAAAGAAAAGUCUUCAAUGUACAAGAUAUUUACGUUAUAAUCCACAUGAAAUUUACACACAUUAUGAUUUAGAAUAUGCACGAAAAAAUGGAUUGAAAGUAACAUUAAUGAAUAUAUCACCAAAUGCGCUUAUUUAUGAAAGAAAUGUACAUAUAACAGGAAAAGACAUGUUUGGUGAAUGGGGUAAUAUAUUACACAAAAUUAAAAAAGAAGGUGGAAUAGAAGGAAAAGUUAGUAAAGCAUUAUUAGUUUCAAUAUGGGGUGCAUUAUGUGAGCAAAGAAAUGGACAAAAUUAUGGUUUACACCCACGAAUAAAACCAUUCUUAUUAGCAUCUGCACGAAAAAGAAUAUCAGAAAUUGUAAAGCCACUAGGAGAUCAAGUAAAAUGUAUACAUACAGAUGGCUUUAUUAUAGCUGGAAAAGUAGAACUUAAAAUGGAAAUAGAAAUGAGUGAGCUAAAAUUUGAGAAAAAUGGA